AUGCCAAUUGCCGAAUUUGUACUUUAUAUCAGGGGUUGUCUGUCAGAAGAUGCAGCGAUUCUCACUGACAGGACGGACGCUCAUUUCUGGACAACCCCUAAACGAUGGUCAAAUAUAGGAGUGAAAGUACCAGGAGCUGUUGUAAGGCCCGCUUGUGAAGACGAUGUUGUUAAAGUGGUGAAAGCUGCAGCUACCACAUCAACACCAUUUGUUGCGGCCACAGGUGGACACAGCCCCUGGUCGUCAAUUGGAGAAGAUGGUCUUGUCAUUGAUAUGUCAAAUUUCAAAGGAGUCGAGGUAGACCCUUGUUGUGGGACAGUUCGAGUACGCGGAGGUGUCUUGCAUAAAGAGUUUCAGGUGGAACUAGCCCGCCAGGAACAAUGCACAGCUAUUGGAGAUGCGAACACUAUUGGCGUGAUCCCGUUCUUCCUCGGGGGUGGUAUCAGCCUUUACUCUGGACAAUUCGGCUUCGGCUCUGACAACAUCCUCUCUGCUCGUGUCGUCACAGCUGAUGGCUCCUUGGUUGAGACAAGCGACACGAUAAACCCGGAUCUGUUUUGGGCGAUCCGUGGGGCUGGGCAAUUCUUUGGAGUUGUUACGGAACUGACUAUUCGCACCUACCCUCUGUCCACCCUGGGCAGCAUGGUAGGAGGACAUUUUUUCCGUCAACUCAUCUUCCCCAUGUGUCAGGCAAGGGAGAUUGCUAUGAUUAUGAAGGAGCUCAUGGUCGAUCCAUCAACGCCUACAGCCGGCCAUUUAAUGAUAGUUUCUCGACCCCCAGAGUUUCAACAAGUUAUUGUGAUAAAUGCACACUACAUCGGUGACCCUGCUAAAGCUGAGUUCGCUUUCCAAAGGCUUACGGACCUCGAUCCGAUCGAAACAACGACACGGAUGCUUUUGUUCGAGAAUCACAGUGAUUUUCCACUCGCGAAAUCGUCACCCGGGGACUUCAGGAGCAUCAACCUAAUAGGCCUGGCCGAAUUUACAGCCGGAAAAUUCCUCGCAAUGGCUAAACUGCAUCAGGAUCUUAUAACAGAUUACCCAGACGCAAAAGGCACUCAGGUAAUCUUCGGAUGGCGUGCGCCGGCUUGCCAGCUUCCGAUCACGGAUACCUCCUUUGGUAAUGCAGGCCAACUAUUAUGGCUAGAGCCCUCUACCCAGGAACCUAUAACAGAGUUUGUCGCUGCAGGGGCACAUGUCGGGCGGAUCGGCUCAACAGAGGAUAAAUUUAUAUCUUACACCAACUCCAAUCGCGUUGAUCCUCUCCACUGGCGAUACAAAGGUGCAGAGAGGAUCGAGAGACUCAAACAACUCAAGAAAACAUGGGAUCCUACAGGCACUUUCUCACGGGAGUUCCUUUGA